CUGCCUCAGGGGGGCUGCAGUGCACAGGCCCCGCCUGGUAUCCUAGCAACCUUGAGGCGGGGCGUGAGUGGCGGGACGGCCUUUUUGUGAGCUCACUUCCCAGGCCGUCUGCCGUGGAGGAGGGUCCCGGCCUGCUGUGUUCUCUGCAGCCGCCGCCGGUUUCCCCUCAAGCUGGGCAGAGGGGAGCAUGGAGCAGGGGCUGUCUGCUAUCACCCUGUACUGCGCCCCAGCUGCUGUUGCCACCGCCGCCUGCGCCAUGGAUCAAGAGCAGUUGCAUGCACAUGGCGAUAAAGGCUUUGAGAAUGUGGAACUUGGAGUCAUAGGAAAAAAGAAGAAAAUUCCAAGGAGGGUCAUUCACUUUGCAAGUGGAGAAACCAUGGAAGAGUACAGCACAGAUGAAGAGGAAGAUGAGCAGCAGGAGAGAAAAGAUCUCUUGCCUUCUGUUGAUCCAACAACACUUACAUGGGGGCCUUACUUGUGGUUUCAUAUGUUAAGAGUUGCCACGUCAACACUCUCAGUAUGUGACUUCCUUGGGGAAAAGAUCGCCUCUGUCUUGGGAAUCAGUACACCAAAAUACCAGUAUGCCAUAGAUGAAUACUACAGGAUGAAGAAAGAGGAAGAAGAGGAGGAAGAAGAGAACAAACUGUCUGAGGAAGCAGAAAGAAGGUAUCAGGAGGCACAGAACCAGACACAAGAAGGGAAUGCUGUCCAGACUGAUCAGCCAGAGGCUGCAAACUGUAAUACAUUUGUCAAUCUUAAUUUUGAAACUGAAGGUGAUUGCCAAUCAGUUGUGGAAAGCAAACAGGACAUCUCUCCAGUAUCUGCUUAGAAUGAAAAUGCUGCAUUAAUAAUUCCAUGUUACUUAAUUUGUCAAAGUUUGUAGGUAUUGUUAUGCAUGUUCUGUGGGAUGUAAUUUAUUUAAAAGUAUGGUCAGGGAGACAGGAUUAAUAACGUCUCUUCAGUCAACAUCUGUCUAAUAAAGGCUAAGGCAUUUUGCUUAACCUGUCUAUUAGAUUAUAACAUGUAAGUAAUUUGGUCCUAAACUGACUUCUAUCUAUGCAGAACAAGUAAAAUGUCUUUUUUCUGAACAUCUGGUGCCUUGUGGACAGUUGUGGAAAGAUAACUGUGCUGCUUUUGCGUUUUCAGAUUGAUUUUGUAUUUAUAAUGUUAUUUACUGAAACCGUGGUGGAUGAUUGUUAGACUAAAUAGAACUAACUCACAAAGCAUCUUUGUGACUUAGUUUAAUUGCCGCUGUUGCAUUUGUGUGUUCAGUCAUAUAGUUUAUAACAAUGUGGCUUUGUUUAAUGCCUGUUAAAAGAAACUGUUUUCUAGA